GCGGCGUACACAGUCGACGUUACAACCAAGUAUGAACUGCUUUGUCACGGCAUCAGUGUUCUUGGUAUUGUUUUCUGCAAAAUGCACAAGAGAGGAGCAGGCACCAUUAGGAGGAGGCGCAACUACCGAAGGCGAAAAGCUACUAAACCCAACGACGCUGAGCACGUGUGCAGUCAAUGACAGCAACUUCAAGUUCGCUCAUGCAUUCGUCGGCCUCCAGAAGGUUCAGGACAUCCGUCGUAUUCCUCCUGGAACAACAGCGACGUUCCACUGCGACCCCGUGGGCUUGAUGGACGGUGGCCCAGUCAGCGUGUACUGCAGGGAUGGUCACUGGGUAUUGACCGACUCCCACAGAACAGUUUCAACGCCGUUGUGCCGACCUGCGGAUGCGACAGAUGUCGCGAUAAACAUCACUGGAGAGUACACAGUAGGACCCGGUGGAGUGUUAUUUGUUAAGCUCGGGCGGUGGCUUAAGGCGACGUGUGUGUAUAAGACUGCGCUGGGAAAGAACCAAGCAACGUGGCUGCUGAAGCAGUACAAGUCGUGGGAUAAACGAGUCCAGACGGUGAGGUAUAUUGACGGCGAUAGCCUGUCGAUCUCUCCCCUGAGAUCAGAAAGGUUGGAAUGUGAAUGCAAAGUGCUGAACAAACGGCGAUAUAUCAGGAUACAGGGAGAAGAUUACACAUUCUGCACCGACCCUCAGCUACCUGGUGGUGUCCACGUGCUGUACAGAACCGAAAAUAAAGUGGGCUUCUUCUGCGACGAAGGCACGAAAAUCGUGGGACAAAAAGAAAUAGAAUGCAUGCCAAAUGGUGAAUGGGACUCGGCACCACCGCACUGCGCUGAAGUGUCGCCACCGGUAACGCAAAGUGCAGCUAACCCGCAAGUAACUAAUGCAUCACAAUCACCAUCUGGUGGUGGAACCUUUUCUGGCAUACAAAGCACGCACGUGGAAAUUGUCCCAGAAGGUAGGAAAGCAGAGAUCACAUGCCCAGCACCAGGAGUGCCAGAGAAUGGGGGAUGGACUGAACCCCCCGAGCAGGUUGAAAGACCUGUAGGAUUCCAUGUUCGCUACUUCUGUCCAGUGGGCACGACCCUGGACGGUUCUGAUGCGACAACGUGUCUGGAAGAAGGAAUAUGGCUUUUUGACCCACCGCUAUGUAGGCGAAAGUGCGAGAUACCCCUGCAGCACGGGGGCGAGAUACAACGUCGGGAACGCUGGUGGAUAGGAACACCGAAUUAUGAAGUGGUCGCACCUGGCACUCUGGUACCCGACGACGGUGCACGCUACCGACUUCAAUGCCACGACCGGUACGAAAUCCAGGGAGCGCGGUCUACCGAAGUGUGGUGUGAGAACGGAGACUGGAAGCCCGUCGCACGUCCAACGUGCAGCCCAAAGUGUGGUAAUACGGUGAAAGAGCCCAGCGGCGACUUGAGGACUCCGGAAGUGACCAACGGCACGCACUCGGAAGGAAGGUACUGCAAGUGGCUGUUGACGGCCACGUCCGAAGAGCGUAUUCUGCUCAACAUCUCGCUGUUAGACAUCCACCAGUCGGACGCCUGUGAGACAGACUAUCUGGAAAUAAGGGACGGGUACGGGAACGAGGCGCCACCGCUCGGUCGCUAUUGUGGCAAUAACAUCUCUCUAGAGAGAGUGAGUACGGGACCUGGUAUGUUUAUCGUCUACUGGACAUCGCGUGAGCAGAUAGGGCAUGUCGGAUUCAGAGGACAUUACAGAGCUGUGUGUGGAGGUGACCUAGAAAUGGAAGAAGGAGAUCUUCGAAGCCCCAAUUUUCCGCAAGACUAUCAGGCUGAUAAAGAGUGCAUCUGGCGAAUCACCGUGCCAGAAUCCUAUCGGGCAGUUCUUCGCUUCCAGUCUUUUGAGGUGGAGUGCCAGGAGAACUGCGCGUACGACUACGUAGAGGUAUAUGACGGACAUGAUCCCAAUGCUCUUCCACUGGGAAGGUUCUGCGGCAAUAACAUUCCGAACGACUCGAUAUCUUCUUCUAACAAGAUGCUCGUGAAGUUUGUUACCGAUGGAUCAGUUAACAAGCACGGUUUCUCGGCUCGGUUCUCGAAAGCUCAUGACGAGUUGCUGACCGGUGGACAUGGAUGUGGAUAUGAAUGCAAGGGUGCGCUUGGAAGGUAUAGGUCCAACUGCAGCGCUGCAUAUAUGUCGCACACAGAUGGAAAUAAAUAUGAAGACUCCUGCGGAGGUAUUAUGGUAGCAGCAAAUGGAACCAUCACGAGCCCUUCAUUUCCGGACAUGUACCCGUCCAACGCAAACUGUACCUGGGUGGUUGUGGCGCCCCCACGGUACCGCAUCACCAUCAACUUUACACACUUUGACCUUGACGGGAAUAAUCCGCACUGUUACCAGGACAGACUGAACAUCACGAGCAAGAUGAGUGACGGUACGACACGGGAGCACGGCCUCCUCUGUGGCUUUGACCUGCCACCAGUGAUCACGUCUGAGGACAAUAUCCUUCGCAUCGAGUUUAGAUCAGACAGCACUGUCCAGAAGAAUGGCUUUGCUGCCAACUUCCUGACAGACGAAGACGAAUGUGCGUUGAACAAUGGUGGCUGCCAGUACAUUUGCAAAAACACCGUGAAGGGAUACAAUUGCUCCUGCCCGGACGGCUUUGUCCUCCACCCCAACAAGCAUGACUGCGAAACGGAAUGUGGAGACAUCAUCACAGCAUCGCAAGGAACAGUCACAAGUCCUUCUUUUCCGAACACCUACCCGUCCGACUCAAACUGCACAUGGGUGAUUCUGGCUCGUCCAAAAUACCGCAUCAUCAUCAACUUCACAGACUUUGACCUUGAAGGGAAUAACCAAAACUGUGAGCAUGAUAUUGUGACCAUCGUGAGCAAGAUUAGCAAUGGCACGACGCAGAAACACGGCCUCUUCUGUGGCUCUCGCCUUCCACCAGUUAUCAUGUCCGAGGAGAAUAUCCUUCGCGUUGAGUUUAGAUCUGGCUCAUCUGUCCAGAAGAGAGGGUUUGCUGCUACCUUCGUCACAGAUACAAACGAGUGCGCACGUGAUAACGGUGGCUGCCAACACUUUUGCAAUAACACAGUGGAGAGCUACAUUUGCUCCUGUCGAGAUGGCUUCAUUCUCCACCCCAACAAGCACGAUUGCAAAGAGCGUGCAGGAAACUGUGAUGUACUGGAACAGAACGGAGGCCACAUCGUACGUCGACUGAAUCGGUGGAUGGGAAGACCGGACCACGAAAUGGUAUGUGCCGUGCCCUCCGUUCUUUGA